AUGUGGAUUAAAUCAUCGAAGCAUACACCCUUGGGCUAUCAACAAGAAAUCCCUUGCUUGGACGACAUGCUUGGGGUUGAGCCACUGGAAAUGCACUUUCCCUUUGAACUUGACCUGCAGAUAUCACGAUCAAUUGAGCUGACCAAUGAUACGGAGGAUUACAUUGCCUUCAUGACAAAGGCAAGGCUACGCCGCUUCCGCAUAGAGCCAGACAAGGGCAUUGACCCACCAAGAUCCAAGUGCAGCGUCAUUGAUAGGAUAAUUAGAUCUUACCGCGGCUGCGAAGAGUGUAGAGAUAGGAGAUUGGAAGAUGGGGGCAAGGUUGACGGUGCUGGGGCGCUGUGGUACAGUACCACUGUUCACGCCAGGUGCUGCCCUAGGGCUUGCGUGGGAAGGAGGCAGAGAGAUCACGUAGGUGGCCCUUGA